GACGGUGUUGAGCGGAAGGGGGAGAAGCAUGGCGCCGGCGAAUUCGGUGCUGCUGCUUGCCGUACUGCUGGCGGCGGGCGGCUCGCAGGCAGCCCUGCCGGAGGUGAUCAAGAUUGGUGCUCUGCUGACAGGCGAUGACGAUGCGCUUGCGGAGAGUGCAUUGCGUUACGCAGUGGACCGCGUCAACACGGACCCGGUGCUGCUGCCCGAUGCCAAGCUGUCUUUACAGGUGGAGCGACUGGACGAGCACGCUGGCACCUUGCAAGCGUACCGUAAGGUGUGCGGCCUCCUGGAAGGCGGCGCCGUCGCCCUGGUGGGUCCCGUGGGUGGCGGCCACGCGUCCUCGUUGGCGGCGUCGGUGUGCGCCGCACUGCGGGUGCCCCAGCUGGAGACCGAGGAGGACGCCUCCGAGGGGGCCUUCACCCUCGACAUGGCCCCGUCGCCUCGCGUGCUGGCCGACGCCUGCGCUGACCUGCUGGAACGCAUGGGGUGGCUGUUCGUCGCCUACCUCUACGAGGACGCCGAAGGCCUCGAGCGACUCCAGGAGCUCGAGAGAGAGGACGACAUGUCCGAGCGCAAGCUGCUCGCCUUCGACCUGUCCGCGGACGACGUCUGGUCAGAGGUGGUCCAAUCGGGCUACCGCAACAUCAUCAUCGAUGUGGACGAGAACCGCAUCGAGGACGUCUUGAUGCAGGCGCUCGAGGCUGGCUUGGUGACGGAGUUGCAUAGUUACCUGCUCGUGUCGUUGGACGCCCACGUACCGGGUAGCCGACCUGCCCUUCGGCAGGCGAUGGCCGAAGCCCGGGUGUACAGCUUCCGCAUGCUGGAGCUAGACAACGACGACUUCAUCCUGCUGGGCCGCAGACUGGUGCGCCACCAUCCGGACCUCACUGCCGGCGGGAGAGAGAAGCAGACGCAGUUGGCGCUGGUGCACGACGCCAUCCAUGUGUUUGCGGCUGCGCUUCACAAUCUGUCCAUAUCCGGGGGCAGCCUGGAACCCAACCCUGUGGAGUGUGAUACCGCCACGUUUCUUAAGGAUGGUCAGGAGCUUCUGGAUGCCCUGAAGAGCGCUAGCUACGAAGGAUUCACGGGGGAAAUCAAUUUUGACGAAGACGGGGAACGGGAGGUGGAUGACCUGCGGCUCUUUGAGUGGCACCGAGGACGCAGCGAACAGGUGGCGACGUGGAGUGCGGAAAAGGGCCUCGACUUCGUGCACGAUCCGUACGACGACGACGGAGUGCCGGGAGGAGAAGGCAUUGAUGACUCCAUCGAUGAGAACUCGCUCGAGAACCGGACAAUCAUCAUCACCACCAUUCUGUCGCCGCCGUUCGUGAUGCUCAAGGAGGGCGCCGAGAAGCUGGAAGGAAACGAUCGCUUUGAGGGCUUCUGCGUCUCGAUGAUCGAAAAGGUGGCGCGUCUUCUGGGCUUCCACUACAGGCUGAACAUCGUCGCGGAUGGCCGCUUCGGUGUCGAACAGGAGCCCGGCCGCUGGAACGGCAUGAUCGGAGAGCUUCAAGCCGGGAGAGCGGACUUGGCACUGGCCCCGCUCACCAUGACCUCCCGGCGAAGCACCGCGGUGGACUUCACGGCACCCUUCAUGACGCUGGGCAUCGGGCUGCUGAAUGCUCGCGAGGACGAGACCGUGGCGCACACUUUCCUGAGUCCCUUCAGCGCGGCGCUGUGGUGCGCCGUGGUGGCCACCGUGCUCGCCUCCAUGUUGCUGCUCAGCCUGGUCGGCCGCAUGUCGCCGCUCGAGUGGCGACGCAUCAGCGACUCCCGCCUGGACACGGACUACACGCUGGGCAACUGCUUCUGGAUGCUCUUCAGCGGCCUCACCUUGCAACGUGUCACUCUCACGCCAAAGGCGCCGUCCACUGUGGUGGCGAUGGUGUCGUGGUGGCUCUUCUCCCUGGUGGUGAUGGUGGCGUACGCGUCGGUGCUCGGAGAGUUCAUCAUUCGCUACCGUGACCGGCCCACGCUGGACAGCCUCGACGACCUGCUGCGCCAGAAGGAGAUCAAGUACGGAACGCUGCGUCAGGGCUCUACGCACGACUUCUUCAAGCGCUCGACGUUCCCGCAGUACAUGAAGCUGUGGCAGGGCAUCCAGAGCCAGGGCGACGAGGCGUUCGUCGACAGCUACGCCGAGGGCCUGGAGAGAGUCAUGGGCGGCUCGUACGCCCUGUUCAUGGACUCGCCCGCCCUCGAGUACCUCGAGAGCCGCUACUGCGAAGUGGAGCAAGUGGGCGAGGUCAUCGGCUCCUCGGGCUAUGCCAUCGCCUUGCCCAAGGGUAGCGCGUUCCGGUCCGAGCUGUCGGCGGCCAUCAUCCGUCUGAAGAGCGAGGGGACACUGCAGCUGCUGCGUCACUAUUGGUGGCAUGAGCGCGGCGCCGUGAACUGUCCGCGCGAGCAGCCCGUGUAUCGGCCCACCCCGUUCACGGUGCGCUUCGGCCGCCUCAGCCUGGUCUUCGUCUUCCUCCUGCUGGGUCUCGUCAUCACCAUGCUUGUCAUGCUCUUCAUCUUCGUCCGAGGACACGCGCGGAAGAACCUCAGCGCCGAGUCCAUGAGUGCCGUGUGGAGCACACUGGUGGAAGAGCUGCGCGCAGCAAUGCUCUGCCGCAAGGAGAAGCAUGCCAAGGAUGAAGAAGACGAGGCCAAGGACCAGGCGGCUACGACGCCCGCCACAGCGCAGCCGCAGCAGCCCACCAUCACUACUCCGAACGAUACCGCUCCGUGAUCCCUGCGAGGCGCUGGACAUUGGGCUCGCGCAUUCGAGGCGCACAAAGGAGCACAGCAUAUCGGUGGCCGGCUCAGGGCGUUCGCCGGUCUCGUCGCAUCGACAUCACAGAGCCCGCAUUCGUUGUCGCAAAACAGUCCCUUUCUGAAAUUGUGAAACCGCAAGGUCAGUGCGUGACAGAGUAUAUACGUUUACAACAGCUGGUGCCUUACGUCAAGUGUCACAAUGCUGUCUUUAAAUCAGCUUACGCUGGACUUCAGUUUGUUCAACUGAAGAAGGACGCGACUUUGAGUAUCUCUGAGUAUCAGUUACGCGAAAUGAAAACUUCAGAUGUGUGCACAUCGCCAUUUCUAAUAGCCAUGCGUCAAUGUGACAUUAUGAAGAAGGAAAUGAAAUAAUGUCGUGCUGCGUAUGUUGCGCGAUGUCUCCAUGCAGAACACGGAGGAAUUCUGCAGCACGCGCCAUUGCAUCGUUACACUGCAUGGCUUCCGUUUAUGAUACCCCAUUAUAGCGAAAUGGCCGCCCAUGUGCACCGUUACAAAGCCCUGUAGUUUCGCUGGAAGUGCUGAACUUGUGAUUGCAACAGAUAAUGGCUAAAUGGACUGUUAGGACCUCUUCAAUGUCUGCGAAAUCAAGGAAGCACCGAUGUUGAGCAAUUUUGGGCGCAGCUAUUUAAGCCAUCUAAGCGUGAAACGACUGCGCGGCAAACUGUGUCUCAAUUGGUGUUCACGCAAUUAUUUUGUUAUGAGCAUUUCAGGGGUGUCGGUGGUGAUAGGAUGGGCACUUUAGAGUGAGAAGGCAGCGGACAUCAAAGACGUUAGCGUGUGGGGGACAUAGGCAACAUAUACUGUAACGAAGGAGCAAUUCAGACCACGAGGAAAGAAGAAAAAAAAAAGGAGGAAGAAGAAACGUCAACAUUGGGAUACAAGCUAUAAAAUUAUGGUGCUCGGACAGACCGAGCCAGACAAUUGUAAAGCAAGUGGCUUCGAAAUUAAAGGUCGCUUUUCAGUUCCGUGUAGCUGUACAGGUCUUUAAUAAUAGUAACUUCAGACGCCUCUAAGGUUUGUAACAGUAUUCACGAUGCCUUUUACUGUGGCAGAGAUGUUCCAGCCGUCCCAAGGGCGUAAUCGCGAUAAUUUUUAUUUCGAGAGGAGGCGGGGUUCAACCACCCAUUAUGUAUGUUCAUGCGUGUGUUUGUAUGUGUGUUUAUACAUACACAUGCAAUUUUUUUUAAAAAAUCGGGGGAGUAGGGUUGAACGCUCAGGCUAUGCGAAUGAAUGAGCCGCCCGUCAUUUAAAAUACAACGUGAGUGAGUGUAAUGAUGUAAAGUUAUGGAUAGAAGAAAUAUGAUACACGAUUUGUGCUAAAGUAUUGCGCGGUACCAUUCAAAGUGUCCCGAAGCAAGAUUCUACCAGCAUGUCGUCUGCAGCUAGUAAAUGUAUUGAAAUCGACCUCGUUAGCUCGUGCAAUAAUUACGGUAGCAAACCGGUCACUCGCGCCAGGUUAACCUCCCUGCGUUUCCUUUUCAUCUAUUUCUCUCUCUCUCUCUCUCUCUCUCUCGGUGCAUACUCAGCUGAAGCAGAAUUCAUCACAUCAUGUAUGUGGUAAUCUUCGCUCCGCACCCAUUGGUCACGGAGCAGACUACAAAGGACCGGGAGAUUACUAGUGCUAAAGUGGUAUCCGUGGUUCCGGAGGAGAGCCUUUCUUUUUACCACUCAUGUUCAAUAUACUCUGGCUUUGUUUUUCAAUGCCAAAAGCUUUAAGAGAGAGAGAGUUACAAGAUAAAUCUCGUUUUUCUUUGCUUCGUUUUAAGUCUGCAACGAUGCAAAAAAAAAAGUGCGUUAUCAAGUCUGUUCUUCAACCAUUUGCAAAACAUGCAGUGGUCUUCAAGUGGUUGUUCUUUUAUUUCUAUAUUUUACAAUGCUACACGGGGAUGUUUCUCCUGUGGUAUUAAAAGAAAAAAAAAACAACUUAUCAGACUUUUAAACGAAGGACUAUAUGUUAUAGUGGCAAAUGCAGAGAAUUUCAGCUCACAUAACUUAUAAUAUAAUGGCUUCUCGAAUAGCUUAAGGCUAAGUCAAGAAUCUACUCGUUUCCCAGCAAGUUCACUGGGUCUUUGCUAAUGCGUGCCCCAUAAUUGAUUAGCUAGGCGUCUUAAUCUGUGCUUUCAAUUUAAGUGGGUACGUUCGCUAGAGAAAAUCAUCACGAGAGUCUAUUCGUUCAAAUUAAGUCAGUCCUUCAGCUUUCAUGAGUUACUUUCUUUUUUUAAAUAAGCAGUUUAUUGCCUGCCCUAGAAGCAUAUCAAAGCACUUGUGUGCGUGAGAAAGUAGCAUACUAUUGAGGGAAUAAGGGUGAGCUUGUUCAAGGUUGCACGUUAAUCGCCGCUUAGAGGAAGAGAAUAUGCAAAUUGUAAAUGAAUAUUUUUAGCGGCAUGCUAGCGACGACAUGACAUUGAUAAUUCGCAAUAUGCUCGUGUUUGAAUGGCUUAGUGCGAGUUGUGUAAAGUUACUUUGACAAUAAA